UACGAGGCAUGAUGGUCAAGUAAUUGGAGAUGUUCGGUGGAUGCGACAGUGUUGAGACGAGUUGCGACAAAUGCGACGGGAGUUGUUGACAAUUAAAGACAAGGUCGACGCGAAGCUUGCGCAAGAAGAACGCGUCCGAAGAUGCGGAGGAAGGAGCGAACCCUCAGGCUUUGGAAGCUGGUAGCAGUGCUAAGCACUCACUCGACGCGCACAGACCACGUGCGGAGCGUCGGAGGUGAAUGGAAAGUGAGGAAGGCACGAAAGUCUGAAAGCCAAGCGGCAGCAAGCAGAGCAAGCAAGCAUCCGGUCGACAAACACGCUGCUCGACUGAACAACCACGACACUUCACUUGCUCCUUCUCCAUUUGUCCAGCACCCUCUCCGGCCUUCACUCUCCUCCGACAAGGCUCCCUAGGAGCAACAUCCGCCCGUCAUGGCCAUGCAACUUGAUAUGUCCAACGGUACUACCCACUCACUCCAACC